AUGCAGCAACAACCACGCGGGAUGACGCACAGCACUGCUAUAAGGAGGCUGUGUCCUCUGCUCACUCAUGCGGCAACAACCACUGGGCUGGCGCACGGCCAGGAGGUGGAGAGGCCAGCUGUGGGAUGGCGCACGGCCUUAGCUUGCUGCAGGGGGGAUGACGCUGCAUUGCUGUGGCGAGCGGGAGAGGCCAGCUGUGGGAUGACGCACGGCCGGCAGCCACUGGCCGCAUCACUAAUUGCGACGUCGACGUUCGAGCUGUUUUCGUCUGACGCUGGUGGUCCGUGCAAAAGUUGUUUCCUGACCUGCCGUGGUGCAACGUGUGGCAUCUCGUCAGCAAAGCAACUGGGAACAAUCAUGGGUUCUUCACUGCAGAUCGGUUCUUCACUCAAGGAUGCGCCGAGCAGAGGAGAAGAGGAGCCUGCAGAGAACGGCAGCAGUGACUCGGGAGGACGGCAGCAGAGGAGGCGGACACUUCGAGCAACGAGCCGGCGCGGAGGCAAGAAGGCGGCACUUCAGCAGAGGUGUAGUGAGGUAUGGAAUGGUAUGGUGCGGCAUGAGGAGGAGGCGGACACUUCGGGCAACGAGCCGGCGCGAAGGCAAGGCGGCAGCACUUCAGCAGAGGUGUGUAAUGUGGUGUGGCACUUGAGGAGGACGGGCGAGUGUGGUGGGAUGACGCACGGCCGGCAGCCACUGGCGUGUGGCUGCCUCCUACUCGCCCUGCUGACCACCCGCUCAAGGCAAGGAGGACACGUGGGGCAAAGAGGUAAGCAUGCGAAUCUUGGGGAACGAGGCAAGGAGGACACUUGGGGAAAGGAGGAGGAGGCAACCAGGCGGCACUUCAGCACCGCCCUCCCUGCACCUUCUCUUCCAGCUUUGACGCCCAACCCGACCUGCACUCCGUCCUCAUCCCCUUCCCACCGUCGAGGAGGGCGCACGGGGAGUCUACAGCGUCAUGUUAGGCACGGGCACCGCCCUCCCUGCACCUCCUCUUCCAGCUUUGACGCCCAACCCGACCUGCGCUCUGUCCUCAUCCCCUUCCCACCGUCGAGGAAGGCGCACGGGGAGUCUACAGCGUCACGUUCGGCACGGGGUGAGGCGGAGGAACGUGAGGGAGUGGUUGAUGGGUUGGACGAGUAG